AUAAGAGUCUCUCGGAGUGUCGGACAAUAUAGCUAGAGAAGGGGACGCACUCGGCGAACAACCAAAACCAAUAAAAAGUCAGCCAAAAUGUCCCUGAACGCCGUGCUCCGGCUCCCAUUGUCAAACUUCAGGACCCAGGAAGAUGGGUUGGUGAGGCACUCACUCGGCUCCUCCAGCCGGACGAGUCUAAAGCAACACCCCGAACAGAGGCAACAGCAACGCCACCAAACACUAGUGGUUCAGGCCAAGGGCAAGAAGGGAAUGCAAGAACGCCAGUUUCAGAGGCCUCCUCCCAUGCCCAAGAUUGAAGACGAUGGAAACCCACGUUUUGUUAUCUUCAUCCGUAUGGCCGAGGUUGGUUUUUGGUACCCGCUUAGUGUAGUAACAGGAGGCACCACUGCUAAAAUCAUGGUUGCAGCCAAAGAUAAUUUUCUGGGAAAAUACAUAUACAAAGACACAUUGGCUAGAAAUCUUGCUGCAGUUAUCUACAGAGAUGAGAAGGAAAUACAGAAGUCAGCACUUAAGCAGUUUAAAGUGUUGCGGUCAGCUAAGAACUUCAGAUAUGGAUACAAAAUUGUCGAAGAUGGGAAUAUAAAAGCUGCACUUUCUACCUCAGAUGUUAUUGAGCUUCCAACACUAGAUAAGCUCAAGACAGUAGUAGACAAAGUGAAAGAUUUUUUUGGUGAUGCAAAGGACUCUUUUGGGAAGAUGUCCUCGUUAAAUGCCCCAACUGAGGAGUCAGAGGAAAACACCAAAGAAAAGCAAAAGGUUAGCAGCUGAAGUUAAAGCACCCAAUUGCUUGAUUCACAGUGGCCACUGAUUCAGGGAGAUAGAGAUCUUCCGCAGUACAUACAACGCUGCUCGGAAAGUUCGUGCACAAGUCUCAUCCUCAGUUUUGUUCAUACAUCUUUUGCUCAUUUACAAAGUUUCAUGUUAUUUUUCACCGAUGUUAAUAGACAGAUUUAACAAGUUCCGGACUUGUAUAUUUUUUUUGUAACAUCUGAAACUCCUGGAAUCGAGUAGAGUACAUCGUUUGCAUGAA